AUUGGUCGUUGACAAAAAAAAAAAAGAUAACUUAUUGGUCCCACUAUUCUCAUGUUGCUACAUAAACGAGAACCAGCAAGAAGACGACCGACGACGACACAUUUUUUUCCACCCUCACCUCAUGAAUAAUCAACUAUUCGUUCUUCUUUAAAUUACCAAAAGUUAUUUUCAAAACUCGAACCAAGAAGAAGAAGCUAGAAGGAUUCUUAUGUGAUGGAUCCAUGUCCCUUUGUACGACUCACAAUAGAUUCUCUUGCUCUCAGACUACCUGAGACAGCGACCAACAAGCAAGUCGGCGGCGAAGUACAUCCCUCCGCGACGCCUUGUUACUGCAAACUCCGGAUCAAACAUUUCCCUUCGCAGAGAGCGCUUCUCCCUCUCUCCUCCAUCUCCGACGCUUCCUCUCCGCCGGACUCCUCAACUUCAGCUCCGGGAUUCCACCUAGACGCCGACGCGAUCCGAAGAGUUUCCGGUAAGAAGAUCUCACUCAGAGUCUCUGUCUACGCCGGCCGUACGGGACACACUUGCGGCGUUGCCUCCGGGAAGCUUCUUGGGAGAGUGGAAGUAGCUGUGGAUCUCGCGGCGGCGCUUUCAAGAACAGUCGCGUUCCAUAAUGGCUGGAAAAAACUAGGUGGAGACGGAGACAAACCGUCAGCUCGGUUACAUUUAUUGGUCCGUGCUGAACCGGAUCCUCGGUUCGUGUUUCAAUUUGGAGGUGAACCGGAAUGUAGUCCCGUGGUUUACCAGAUUCAAGGGAAUAUUAAACAGCCUGUCUUCAGCUGCAAGUUCAGUUCCGACCGUAACGGAAGAUCUCGGUCUUUGCCGUCGGGUUUUACGUAUAGUAGCAGAGGAUGGAUCACAAGAACAUUGUCAGGUGACCAAUGGGAGAAGAAACAAGCGAGGGAGAGAAAAGGUUGGAUGAUAACGAUCCAUGAUUUGUCUGGAUCUCCUGUAGCAGCUGCUUCCAUGAUCACUCCUUUUGUGGCGUCUCCAGGAUCAGACCGUGUCUCUAGAUCCAACCCAGGCGCGUGGCUUAUCUUACGGCCACAUGGGACUUGUGUCAGCAGCUGGAAACCUUGGGGACGGCUCGAGGCAUGGCGUGAGAGAGGAGCCGUCGAUGGAUUGGGUUACAAGUUCGAGCUCGUGACGGAUAACACCAGUACUAGCACCGGCGUUCCUAUUGCUGAAGGGACAAUGAGCACAAAGCAAGGAGGAAAGUUUAUUAUCGACAGGAGAGUGAGUGGACAAGGAGAGUCGCCGGCAAGAUCGUCUCCGGUGAAAGGGUUCGUGAUGGGAUCCAGCGUUGAAGGAGAAGGGAAAGUGAGCAAGCCCGUGGUGCACGUGGGAGCACAGCACGUGACUUGCAUGGCAGACGCAGCUCUGUUUGUCGCUCUAUCAGCUGCCGUUGACCUAAGCGUCGACGCGUGUCAGCUCUUCUCUCGUAAGCUCCGCAAGGAGCUUUGUCACGACGACCAAAGCUCCCUCUCAUGAAGAAACCAGAAGACUUGAUGACACAUACAAUUUGACUUAACAAAAACCGAUCUACGAAUGCUUAAUUUCGGUUUUUAUUGAUUUUCUUGAUCAAUUUGAUAUGUGAAAAUUCAAAAUUGAAAGAAAGAUGCGUAGACAACGAUCUUUGUGUUGUCUGUAUCAUAUUUAUUUAUUUAUUUUGUGUUUCA